UUUCUUUUUAAGCCUCAUCACAUUUCUCACUGCUUGCUACACAAACAGCUCCACCUCUGCGCUCACCCUUCUCCUGUUUGAGGACCAAUCAGGCUGCGAGGUUCUGUUACAAUUUGAGUUUUUUCACAGCACCAAAGUACUAAAUAGUUUUUGUUUUUCACAAUUAGCCCUUCUCCAUUUAAAACUGUACUCUUAUCAUUUUGCCAAUUUUUUUUUGUUUUUGUUUUGUUGACGUUUGCGGACCAAUUGUUCUGGGACCUUUGGGAAAGACCGCCUUCUGUCGUGUUCAUACUUGACUGACACGUUGGAAUAAACAGAAUAAAACUUUAGUGUAUUUGCUCGUGGCACACGGGGGAUCAGGCACCUUCCUCUUUACGUUCAGUGGCUUAUUUGUGCAGCCUGUUUUCCCACCUGUUUUUUUUUUUUUUUUAAGGCAGACGGGGAAACGAGGCUUUUACAGCACAGAUCUGUAAGCUUAUUUUAAUCUGUCACAGUUGAUCAGGAUUGACCUAAGAACCUGAGAUAACAAGCAUCCACCCCUCCUCCCAUCAGCGUGCAGUAAAGCAUUUUUCUCUUUUCCAUCUCAGAAGUGAAACCAACUAUUCUCGACAGUCCCUGCACACCAAACCCACUCUGUACACGUAAGGGAACGUUUAAGGCUGAUGAUAAAUGACUUUGGAUAGCAGUUAGUGGACACACAUCACUACUAACAGGAAGUGAUGCCAGGCAGUAGUAGUAAGAGCGGAGGGCGGGGUCCAUCCUCGUCCCCCCUCCCUCAUGCUGUAGUCCCGUCCAGCAGACCCCUGCGACCUUCACGCUACGUUCCUGUGUCAGCAGCAGCGUUCUUCCUCGUCGGCUCCACCACGCUCUUCUUCUGUUUCACGUGUCCGUGGCUUUCAGAGCGUUUCUCAGUGGCCAUCCCCGUCUACAAUGGCAUCAUCUUCCUCUUUGUUUUGGCUAACUUCUGUAUGGCCACAUUCAUGGACCCUGGCAUCUUCCCCCGAGCCGAGGAGGACGAGGACAAAGAAGACGACUUCCGUGCUCCACUGUACAAGACGGUGGAGAUCCGAGGGAUCCAGGUCAGGAUGAAGUGGUGUUCAACCUGCCGCUUCUACAGGCCGCCACGCUGCUCCCACUGUUCUGUCUGCGACAACUGUGUCGAGGACUUCGACCAUCACUGUCCGUGGGUGAACAACUGCAUCGGCAGGAGAAACUACCGCUACUUCUUUCUCUUCCUGCUGUCUCUGACAGCCCACAUCAUGGCUGUGUUUGGCUUUGGGCUGCUCUUCAUCCUCUACCAUCGGCAGAACAUUGACCGCCUGCACGCCAUUGUCACGCUCGCUGUAAUGUGUGUCGCAGGCCUGUUCUUCAUCCCUGUCGCUGGCCUCACUGGCUUCCACAUCGUCCUUGUGGCUCGAGGCCGGACGACCAACGAACAAGUAAGUAGAAGUCAGUUGGGAGGAGUUACUGAUGUGAAUGCUCUCUGCAGGUAUCUGGGCAGGAAAAAGUGUGCACAGAGUGUGAGUCUGCAGCCUCCUUUUCUUCGGCCACAGCUGACAGAGGCCCAGCUGGCUGCAAAGAUACUGGACAAUGGCAUACAGGGAGAUCUGCACAGGGUAAGAGGUGCAGGAGGGGGGCUCGUGAAGCUUUACUACGCCCCAGUCAGCAAGAUCUUCAGCUUACACCUCAGGCAGAGGUUCACCUCAGGGAGGUUGGAGACGCUGAGUCCGAGUGGACCAUGCUCCACACCUCCAUUGCUUAGGCUACUGAAAGGAAUGGCGCCUGCACGAUCCUCGGUGCUUCUCGUGGCGGCACCCCCAGAACCAGAUGAGUGCAGUCUGCUGAAUAAGGCCCCUCCCACUCCCACUAUGUACAAAUACAGGCCCACGUACAGCCCCGGCAAGAACCACACGGCGCUCACACACGCUUACGCCAACCAGUUAAGUCGAGGGGAGAGCGUCGGCAGCGCCAGGGACUCGUCCUCCUCCACCUCUUCCCUCCUCCAGGCCAGCCAGCAGCCUGGUUUCCGCUCGCAGCCCAGCCUGGAUCGGAGGGAAACGUCGUCUGAAAGAGUGGGAGGGGGAGGAGGAGGGGAGAGGAGGGAGGUGGGGCGAGAGGGGGGAGGAGGAGGGGGCAUUCCUGGCUAUUCUCUGGGCGGGCGCUCCUACCCCUCCUUCUCUGACCCCACCGUCCUGUCUGGAGUGGCGUCGCGAUCUUCCAGCUCCACGCACACCUCGGCGGGCACCGUCCACGUCUCGGAGGCCACCACCACCUCCGCCAGCUUCAAGAGCUUAGCCAAUCAGACGCCCCCACCCCACCACCCAUCUCGCAACGGGAGCCUGUCUUACGACAGCUUGCUAGCAGGCGGCGAUGAGUUUGACAAAGGAGUGGGCGUGAGCUCGGCGGCCCCCGACGUCUCCGGCGGGAGACCCUGCACGCCAGCGGCGGGUGGUGGCUACAGCUCCCCCUUCCUGUCGUCACAGCAGAGAGAGGCUGAGAUGCAGUCCCAGUCCACCCAGUCACCCCACCACCACCACCGUUCCUCUCACCACCACCACCCCUUCCUCCAUCACUCCUCAUCCUCCACGUCUUCCUCCCCCCCGCCUCCACCAGAGAGGGAGCGCCUGCUGGGCGAGCCCCACCUACCUGCAGCGCCUGCCGGUCAAACCUCUGCUCCACCGCCCCCACACCACCACCACCACCACCACCAUCACCACCACCAUUCCCACCACCACCAUCAUCACUCCUCGUCCUCUUCCUCCACCUCUCGUCCUCCACGCUUUGCUGCCCCUCACGCAGGGCCCCACCACGCCUACCCCUAUCGCACCCGUUCGACCGACACGCCUCUGGGCUCCUCCUCCACCACGCACCCUCCCCGCUCCCCACACCCCCCACCUCUGGGCAAGUCGCUCUCCUAUUCAAGCGCAGCCGCCGCCGAAAUGCAGUACCGGCUGGUCCGCAAGGCCUCGGCGUCGGCCGGAGCCAACGCAGCGGGGGUAGGAGGAGGUGGAGGAGGAGGGAUGGGAGGAGGAGGAAUCCAAGUGCCGAAGGAUGAGCUGAUGCAGAUGAAAUCUCUGAGUCGGAUUAAUGGAGGUCAGCCCUUCUCCUCAACUUCCACCUCCUCCUGCUCCGCCCCUUCCUCUCCCUGUCACCCAGUCAACACGGCCGCCCCGCCCAGAGCAGCCUGUCCCAGCCCAGCGCUGAUGCUGAGUCCUGCCCACAAGCCCCAAGGCAGCGGGGUGAAGAAGGUGACGGGUGUCGGGGGCACCACCUAUGAGAUUUCAGUCUGACUGGCAGUCAGCCUCCAGCUCCAGGACCAGUGGGACAAAGUGGACGUAGCACUACGUCUUUAUGCCCGCUAAGGAACAAGUUCAGAUUUUACCCAAAAAAACAGCUUCCUGCUGUGGACCUGGACCUUACUCCUCAUUGGCUGUGUGACUGAGCAGCCCCUCCAAUAGAAACCUGGUAAAGUGCGCUAGAAAAGACUAGUUCUUGGUCCAAACAGACCCCACGCUGCUCACUUCUGCUGAGGUCUGUGUGUGGCAUUGUAAAGCAUAGCAGCGAAAAGGCGUUAGCACUGCCAGGGAUGGGGGCUGGAUCCCCGGGGGUCCGCUCCGGAACAGGUCUGGA